AUGAAGUUUUUGUCGACAAUUCUAGGAAAUGAACGUGAGUUAUUUAUAUUUAUAUAUUUGGGUUGGAUAAUUUAUGGGGGGUUUUUUUUAAAAAUAAUUUCUUAUUCAUUUUUUAAAUUUAAAUUUUUUUUAAGGCGAUCGUUUGACUCGUCGUCGCCGUGCUCUCGAAAUGAAUCUUCACCGAAUGGAAGAAAAAGCAUUUCUUCUUGAAAUGGAACUUGAAGAAGUGAAAAGACAACGAGUUGGUUUAUUUUCAGUUCAGUUUUUUGACUAAUCCAAAUCGCACUUCGUUCAGGCAAAAACAAUGGAGGAACUUCGUCAACUAAUUCCAACUCGACUUGUAUCAACUAUUAGUGUUUCGUCAAGCGAAGACAACUCAUUUGACACAGAUAGCGUAAGUUCGAAUAAUUGAACUAUUAAUUUCUAAUUACGGAGUCAUUUUCAGGAACCCGCUGAUAGAUAUGUUCGAAUGCCUCCACAAAAAACAACAAACUCAUCGAAUAAUGUAAAAUGUAUCAAAAAACUUGAUGUAAUUCGUCAAGAAGAGCAAGAACGUUCUGAAUGGAUUCGUAAGCAAAAAGAAAAAGAAAAUAAGUUGGUCAAAUAUUGAUUUCCUAAUUCUAUUUAUAUUUAUCUAUUUAAUUUCAUUUUGUAACAUAUAAAGCUUCCUUACAUAUUACCGCUAAUUAGUUAUUCGUUAAUCCAAUAUUGGUGUUAAUUUCACUCAGCAUCCGCUGGCGUAGUCUAAGCGUACAAUAAAGGGUUAUUUAGAUGAAAUUUAGCUACGGCUUAGCUACGCUCGUUGUAAUCUCGCGGGUGUAGACUGAGCGUAGCUACACUGAGCCGCGUUGCAUUUCCUGUGCGUUGCGUACAAGCUUUUCACUUUUUCUUUUUGUUUUCUCUCUUGGCCUAAAAUUUUUCUUUUUUGGGCGUGUUAAAAUGUUUAAGCAUGGAGUUAUACUUUUCAGUUGUGUUUUUCCUGAUUAUAAAGACUUUUCUACUUCAAUCAACUCAUUAAACGAGGUUUUCACUAGAAAACUGGCUCUCAUUUGAAGAUUUUCAGUGAGAAAUUAUUUCAACAUAUCAAAAGUAGGACAUAUGAGACUUUACUUAUAAAUUCAACUCUAUUAUGCUUAUUAUUUUUUAUUCUAAUCGUUCUCUAUUAAAUGUUUCUAUUUUUCAGUCUAGAUUCGUGGUUUUGGGCGAUGUCAAUCUCCAUUUCAUGUUCUGCAGAUUUCAGUGAGUUCUAUAAAUACGCAUUCUAUUAGUAUUGAGAAAAGUCAAUAUGUUUUCAGAGCUGAAACAAAUCCACGUCAAGCCAAUCAAUUAUUGGGAGUUAGAAUGGUUGACCAAGUAAAUGCGAGCUUGGAAGUUCAAUUGAUUGAAGGCGAAAACAUGGUUUUGGUAGUCAGUCGCCUUCCGGCGGAUUUGGAGUUCAGUCGAAAUCAAAUUUCGAAUUUGACAUUAUUGUUACUGCAAUAUUGA